AUGCCAGAACCGGACAGCCCGGACAAACAGAUCUUCAACAUGAACCUACGGGUCUUGACGAGCCUGCUUAACGUACAAAUCGCGAAUAUAAUCACAGUAGCAUCGUGGGCGACUGUAUUCGAGCUUCAUCACGUGUCUGAAUGGGACGAGCAAGCCUGGAAUGGCGGCUACUUAGACCAUCCUAAAAGCUGGGUCAAGAUUGGGAUCGAAGGUCAUCUCUUCAUCGUUUCUUCACCACCUACAGCAACAAAUAAAUACUGGCGCUACUUCAUCAUCGUGAUCAAUCGUAACAGUCGCAUCAGUUUUGCUCUUGAAAUCAAACAAUGCGGACAGACAACCACCUUCGACGAGGCAGAUGACAUGCUCUAUCUCUCACAGCACGCUUGGCCCCCUGAAGUCCACCAAAAAGACUUCUGGGGCGUAGAAAAGCCUGAUGACGGAGCUCACGAAUUUGGAAUAUGGAUUUACUCCGACGGAAGUAGCGCGCCACAUCCUCAAGCCAUCCUCACAAAGAUGAAUUUUUGCCAAAUGCUUGGCCGCAUCCAACACGACGAGCUCAACACCGGACAAAAAGACUACUACUCAAACAUCCCCGACGAAUACCGGCACUUCAACUACGACCAAAUCUACGCCAUGAUUCGCACAGGCUACGACCCGCUCGACCCCAACGACGAGCCAAUUUCCGCCCAAACCCUCCGCGACGUCGACAGAUUCGACCUGCAAAAGACCGACGUAAUCACUCCUAAUCGCCCUCCACGAGACUUCCGCGCCAUCCCCUCGCCACUCGACGCGUUGUCAUCCCGCCCCUGCAGCCCCGACUACCCCUCGUCGGUCUCCUCGCGUGGCUACGACCACACCUCCCAGCGCUCCUACAGGGCGUCCCCUCAGCAACGCCUCCGCUUCGCAGCCGCCCACUCCCCCGCCACCAGCCAAGCCGCGUCUGCAACAAAGGAGUGGCCUCGCGGCUACGUCCACCCAAAGGACUCGCCGCCGCCAACGCCCCGCUUCCCGCCCUCCUCCCCGCCCAAAGCUGCCUUUCCCCGCGCGACCCCCUCCCCGCCACCGCCAAAGGGCCCUGCUUCGCCAGGCGCCGACCGGCAGCGUCUCUGCUGUCUCUCUUUACGAAAGCGGCCGCAAAGGCCAAGCCUAAGGGCAAAGGUGGUAGGAAAUCCUUUUCUUUACGAUGAGUAG